AUGUUAUCAAUCAUGAAAGUUAUUUCCUUUUUUUUGCUUCAUUACUAUGUUUCUGGGAAACUUAUUCAAAAUCAACCUGUACCUGAAAUAUAUGGCACUACAAAAGCUCCCCAACAAAUAAAAGCCGCCACUCAACCAGGCAUAGCAUGUGCGCCAGAUAAGAGUUUAAACAGCAAAAACGAUAUUAAAGUCAUGAUAGCUCAUAUAUAUAACGAAACGUUCUUAGAUAAAAUAAUUAAACAGAACUAUCACUCAAAAGCCGAAGCAAUACGGGAUAAACAUUUACAGAAUCUUAAUUUUUUUAAUGAUUGGUUUAAUAAUCAGCCAGAACGUUUGAAAAAUGUCCUGCAAAGAUUAGAUAGAUUAAAAAAAGACCAGGUAGAACCAGUUGUUGCAAUAGUUGCCGGUGUCCUUAGUGAUUACCCGAAAUUAGAAAUAUUAUUUAAUGAUAAAAAUAAUAAAACGAAUGAACUUUUAAAUAAACUUAACCGUUUCAACAUGAUUUGUAAGCUUAAUUGCGAAGAUCAAGCAACAAAAGAGCAUCAUAAUAUAGCCAAAAGAAACGUUCGCGAUGAAUUUUAUUGCAGUUCUUUAGAGGAUUUACAUAACGAAAUUACUCAAAAUCUUGAUCAGCUUGUUAAAAAAUUAAACCAUACUAAAAUCAACGAACUUUCUCUUAAUGACAAAUUGUAUAAAGAUAGAAUUGAAAAAAUAAAAUCUAAAUUAAAGGACAAAGCAUUAAAGGAGUUCGGUCGAACUAUGUACGAUGUCCUUAGCUUAGAAGAUGAGUAUCAACAUUUUAUGGAUGACAUAACUUCUACAGAUUUAUAUGCAAUUGUUUAUGCUAUUAAAAGCUUAGGACUGCAUAUAGAUACAAAUUUAUUACAAUUAGAACAAGCUGUUGAGAUAUAUGGGCAGCAGUGUUACAGGUGCGGCGCUAAUCCUCUGGUAAGACAUGUAAGAAAAGUAGGCAAGGAAUCUCAAAAAGAAAAGAAAAUGGUGCCACCGAGUCUCGUUAAAGAAUUAAUAGAAAUAAAAUUCAAAGAAAUUUCAGAUGAGAUAGAAAAUGACUGGAAAACUAUAUUUAACGAACUUGAUUCUUGGAUCCAGAGAAUUGAUGCAGAGGAAGUUAGUUUGGCGAAAUUUAAACCAUUACAAGACCAAGUUAAUACGAUGACUAACGCCGAGAGAGAGGCUUUGGAUGAACUUAAAGAACUUGUACCAAGGAUAUCAAUCAAUCAAAUAUUGGAAUUGGUUAAGAAUUUGCAAGAUUUAUUGAAACGCAUUUUAGAUGUUUUAAAUCAGUUGACUAAAUAAAAACCAUUAUAAUUGCUUAUGAUACAAAUGCUAUUCUAGCUUUCCGUUAUAUAAUAUAUACGAGUACAUAAACAUUAUGCAAUUGAAAGCUAUUGGUACCGCACAAUUUACAUUUUCAGUUCUCAGCGUUUGAAUUGUUUGUCUU